AAUCACAUUUCGCACAAGAGAACGCAAAUAGUGUAUACAAGUGGGGGGAUACUGUGCAAAAAUUUUUCGCACCGAUUUAAAACAUAAUAUUUUCCACACAGCAACCACCCUCUCUGACUGGGGAGUGAAUUGGAGGGUUUGCAUUUUGGGGCUGGGGUGUGAUAUACAUUGAAGUAUAGUGACUUUCUGGUGAAAAAUUUAUGAGAUAAAAUAAGUUAUUUGAAGGAGAUUUGCUGUGACCAAUACUGUACAUGCAUGCCACUCGCCAUCUAGACUCACACAUGCGAAAGCUUCCCAAAAAUACACCACUGACCAAGGCAAUAUGGACCAGCAGUUCUGUCUUCGCUGGAAUAAUCAUCCGACCAACUUGACUGGCGUGCUGACUUCUUUGCUCCAGAGGGAGGCCCUCUGUGAUGUUACAUUGGCAUGCGAUGGUGGUGAAAUUGUCAAGGCACAUCAGACCAUCCUGUCAGCAUGCAGUCCAUAUUUUGAAAGCAUUUUCCUGCAGAACUCUCAUCCGCAUCCAAUAAUAUAUUUGAAAGAUGUUAGAUACUCAGAGAUGCGCUCACUCCUUGAUUUCAUGUACAAGGGUGAGGUGAACGUUGGCCAAAGAUCGUUACCGACAUUUCUAAAGACAGCCGAAAGUUUACAGGUACGCGGUUUGACCGACAACAACAAUAUCAACUACCGACCAGAGAGCGACAGGGAUCGCGAUUCAGAAACGAAUGCGAGUGGUGCUAUGAAACAUUAUGAUAAAACAGAACGGGACAGAGAUCGCGACCGGGAGCGGCUGGACCGCGAUCGUGAGGAGAAUUCGGAGAGUAAAGACCGCGAUAGGGAGACACCUGUGGAUCACCUGAGCAGCAGCAGCAGGAGCAGCAAGCGGAAACGUGAAAAUUCAUUAAACUGUGAUAAUUCAAUGCGUGGCGCCAGUGUCCAAGAAAGGCAUUAUUCUCAGGAUUCUCAGGCAUCGUCGCAUAGUAGUUAUAAAUCCAGUCCAUUGCCAAAAUUAAAUCCCCUGGAAGGAGAAGACACACGCCGAAAUUCACCAGCGUUAAAUGCCAGCGGCGCCAAUCAAUCAGUUAGCAUUAAACAAGAAUUACCUGAUAUGGGCCAUCAUCCUGGUUUACCACCAGAAUUACUUCCGCCCACUUCAAUGUCCCUGCAUCCUGAGGAUAUGACAAGUCUACUUCCGGCUCAUGGACUACAAGUGGAGACCUCGGAAAAUGACUCGCAGCAUCCUCAAAUGGACCACAGUGAUAAUAUCGAUGGGCCGGGGGGGCAUCGUCCACCUCCACCACUUCCACCGCCGCCACACCUCCAUCAUCAUGGACAGCACAGCAGUGGAGACGGAGAGUCAAAGCAUCCACUGGUGCCAAGUCGAUCGCGUUGUGGCGAUGGCGGCAGCAGUCGCGCCAGUCCCAUCAUGGGCGUCGUCGCCGCUGCCCUCCAGCACCAUCAGCACCACCAGCAUCAGAUGUCCUACCACAAUAUGUUCUCGCCCACGAGAGAGCUGGCCGGCACCAUGUGGCGAUGUCGAACGUGCGGCAAGGAGGUCACCAACAGGUGGCAUCACUUCCAUUCGCACACAGCCCAACGGAGCAUGUGCCCCUACUGCCCGGCCACUUACAGUCGCAUCGACACACUACGCUCCCACCUCAGAGUAAAGCAUCCCGAUCGUCUGAUCAAGAACUAGGACAUGAGGAGCUACACGGUGCAUUCAGUGCCCAUAGUCAGGACACAUCCCAAGACUGCGCCGUGAAUCGAAUACACACACCCAAAUUGUGAUCACACUUGAUCAUCCCGGACACACGAUCGAGCGAUCCCCUACAACACCAAGAUACACUUGAUCGCAACACUACAACUCCUUUUCCAACUUUUCCUCAUAUUUUUUUCCACUAAAUAUUCCCAAUCAUCCUGGAGAUCCCGAAAAAGUCAACGUAUUCAGUAAUACCGUACGGCAUCUGCCUGAUCUUUUUCAUAACUCUACCAACGAUGAUUGUUUUCUGCCAAAAAUUACAAAUCCAUGAAAAUUUUGUAUAGACACCUAUGUGGAGAAAUGUUGAUUAGAUUGUGAAGCUUCAGUGUAAACCCUAUCCCAAAAGCUUUUCUUCCAUCCUGUACAUAGAUUCCCUUGCAGACACUGUUGUAGGUUUUCUAGUAAAAGGCUUAGGUCAAGCAAGAUUUGGAAGUGAUAGAUUACAAUGAAAACCACUUGUGGUUUUUAGUAGAUUUUAUUACAGACAUAAACCUUUAGUUUCUGCAUGAAAUCGAAAAGACCUACACCAAGGUUCAAAUUAUUGCUGCAGGCUCUUAACUGUGCAACCUAGUUGAGCUUCAGAUUUGUUCAAAAGAUAGCAAUCUACCCUAAAAGAUCAGUAAGAGAAAAAAAAAUCGAAGAUCACUUUUUGAAAGCCAGAGAAUAAGCAUUUGAAUUCUUGCCAAUUCUACAAGGAGACCCAUGUUCGAACUUUGAAGUUUCAACAGUGGCCAUUUUCACAUUGUAGUGAAGAUGAUCAAUGUAACAAAGUUUCUAAUUGAUAUUUCUGCCUUAUUUACAUCACUAAAUCAUUAGGCAAUUCCUUUAGAAACCUUUCAGUUCUAUUAUCCAGCAUUAAAGACAUUUUGUCCAAAUGGAGUGCCAUUUAUUUUUUAGCCAAGACACUUUUAGAUAACUGAACUACUUAACUUUGAUGAGAGUUAAAUCAAACUUGUGAAUUUCAUAGUGUAACUCAAAUUUAUUAUAAUUCCUAACAUAAUAAUUUGAGGAACUUUUCUAAGAACAUCUUAUGUUGAGAUAUUGCAGAAAUACUUAUAAUUUUACGAAGAAAUUGCAUACUUGAAAUUAAUUUUGAAUUUUCGAGAUUUAAAGGCAAUUUGUUUAAAUAUAAUCGGAUUUUCUUUUAGCCGAGACACUUUUAGAUACCAAACUAAAACUGUAUGUGCGGUUAGGCUUUUUAUAUAAUCCACAUGGUAAUUUUCACUUUUCUGUGAGAAAAAUCGCAAUUCAUCACAAUUCUCCGCAGACAUUUAAUUUGAAUACUCAAAAUUAAAUUUUAAUUUGUGAACAUCAGUGACCUUUUUAAAAGCACUUUAGUCGAGACAUUUUUAUACGAUCUACGACUGUGAGUGGCAAAGAGUCCCAUUCAGAUUCUCCAUUAUAAAUGUUCUUUGGGGAGACAAGCAGAGAGUACGUACUGAGAAAGUAGAGGAUCACAAUAACACUUAUAUCAUUACGGAAGAUUAAUUUUCAAUGUUACACAUCACAGUCUAUGUUCUAAAGGGAGUGUCUCGACUGUGGAACUUAUUCAUUACGUUGCCCUCAGAGUGCCAAUUACAGAUCACGCACUAAGCGGAAGUGAAUCCAAUAGAUACUUGCAUUGUUGAUGAGAACAUUUUAUGUUUAAUGUUCCACACUAUAGUCUAAAUUACGAGGGACCUUGUCGAGUGUGGAAGUCAUUUUUAAGUACUUGAUCGAUAGAAAGCCACAGUAGAAACAUCUACUAAAUGAGAACUAGACUAUUCGUCACUGUGACUGGGGACAAGAUUUGCACUUUUCAAUUUUCCACACUACAGUAUAAUUUCCACAGGAGUUUUUCGAGUGUGGAAUCCAUUAAAAUGCUUAAGCGGAAGAGAACAAGAGGAAUCACUAAAUGAAAACUAGUCCACUCGUCAUUUAAACUUGUGAUUAAAUUCACAAUUUUCAAUGUUCCACACCACGGUAUAAUUUCCACGGCAGCAUAUCAAGUGUGGAACUCAUUUCAAUGUUUUAACUCCAGUUUCAAUCUUCAAACUCUAGUUAAACUCUAGUUUGAACUCUUGAACACUUAAAUAUGGUGGUUAGAUUUUCGAUUAUAUGAUCCAUAUUACCGUUUUAGACUCAACCUAGGUGUCUCGAAUGUGGAACUUGUUCAACUCCUAGAUCUUAGAAUUUUAAGUUUUUGUUUUUUUUUGUAAUUUUUUUUAACGGAAAUAUUAUUUUAAUUCUUACCGACAGACAUUGUCGGCCAGAGUUGUGCGCUUGUCUUUAAAGUGAUUUACAUUUAUCAAAUUUUGGGUAGAAAUUUUGGAGUGUGUCUUGGCUAACUAAGAAGUUUUGUAUUAGAAGAUAUCACAGCUUGAGUCUUUUACUAGAAAACAAAAACCACCAAGAGUGUCAGAUGACCAUCACCACCAGAAUAGUCCGCAGAGCUUAUCAAUUUUUUUAAGCUUUAAUGAUAUAAGAUGUAGUAUAUAAAAGUCCACAGUCCUAUAAGAAUCAAUGUGCUAUUUAUUCAAGGUGAAAAAAAGAAAUGAAACAUUUUUAAAUAUAAGACACAGAAUUCUUGCAGUAUUUAUAUUCCCACUUGUCCUUAAUCAAAUUUUUUUUUCGAAGAAAGCAUUGCAAUAUUUAGAAGUGGAGAAAAAGUCUAAUUAGAAAUAAUCUUGUCCACCAAAUGUGUAAAUUUUUCUCAAUAUUAAUGUAAAUGUUAGAUGGAUUUCAAGAAGAAUCAAACAAAGUUUAAACGGUUUCAAAAGAAAAGUGAGAGAAGAAUAUUAUUAUCGAGAAUUAUAUACAUUUUAUUAGCUCCUCUCCCCAUCACUGAUAAAGAGUGAAAAUAAAAUAGAAUUUAGAUGAAAGAAAAACAAAAGACAUAAUCAAGUUGAUGUAAAACUUCAAAUUUUUUUCUUACUUGCAUUGCACACAUCUAAAGUAGUUGAGAUGAAAAAAAAAAUCAAUUAUAUUGUAUCAAGUUAGACUGUAAGGAUGUAAGACGGAGUUGUAUUCAUUGAAGUCUGUACAGUUCUGCGUUGAAUUUUCGGUUAUUUUCAUAAUGUCAAAAGUAUCAUGACUAAAGUAGCUUUGUUGGAGCUAAAACUUGGUGCAUAAAAUAGAUUCUAAAUGAGCUUUCAUUGAGCUUUUAUGUUAAAUUCAAAAAAAAGAGGAAAAAAAAGAAAAUUAGGUGUUUUAUUUCGCAACUUUUUUUCAGCAUCACAUUAUUUUUUAUUAUACUUUUUUUUUCUUUUGAAUUAAACAGUUUUUGUGUUCAUUUAAGUGCUUUAAUACAAGAAAUAUAUCGCAGCUUUUAUUUUAAAGUAUAUAAGACUUCUUUAGUCAAUUUCAUAAGACUCCGUCUGUAGAAAAAUAAAUAAUUGAUAAAGUAAAAAGAAAAAAAAAUAUUUACAAGUAAUGAAACUAUACACGUUUUGGUGUAACAUUUUUAUGUGAUAUUCAAUGAAAAUGGAAUGUACCUAAGCAAAAUUAAAAAAAAAGCUAAUUAGAAAAUUAAAGAAAAUUAACCCCAAUGUUUGAAUGCAAAAAAAAACAUACCAAUUGGACAAAACAAUAGACAACUAAAGUCUAGUAACUUACGGUACCAUUCAUUUUCCCUCCAUAUUAUAGGAAGAAAAAAAAAAGAAACAACGUAGAUUGAAUUUCUUUCGAGGCAAGAUGAUUAAAAUAAAAAUUGUUAGUGUAAAUAUAGUAUUUGUGAAAGAAAAUUAUAAACUGGAGAAAUGUGGAUCAAUGAUUUAGAUGACCAGAAACACAAGAAACGAAACAAGAUGUAAAAUCUACAAUGUGAAUCAUCAUAAGACGCUGUAUAUAUUUUUGUACAAAUUUAAUUUGGAUGACCUAUGAGAAGAUACAUACUUUUUGAUAAUGAUUUAUUAGUUGAUAGAGACUGGGAGAUGAUAGGAUUUGAAGUAAAAAAAAAAAUGAAAAGAAAAUACACUAAAAAAAGUCUACGUUAUUCUUUAAAUUCAAACAUUUUUUCUUGUAAUGAGCAAAAAUGAGUAUGAAAUCAAAAAUCCAGCCAAGUUGAAAUCAAAGUUUUUUGUCUAAAAAAAAAAUGAAAAAUAGCAUCUAAGAUUUCAAACAUUAAACUUAUCAAGUCAGACAACAUCAAAAUAUUCAUAUUAAUAUAAAAAAAAAUCUUAGCAUUGAACUUUACCAAAAAAAAACAAAAGAAAAAACGAAAACAUUGAAGAUAAUUUGAAAAAAAAAGCAAGCGCAACUUGUGGAGAUAUUGAAACAAGUAUUUAUCAAAUUAAUAAGGCAUUAAACAGAAUAGCAGCUAAAACAUAGAUGUUCAUCAAAAAUUAUCCAAUGAGGAAAGUCUUAAACAAGUAUAAUUAACUAUGCAAGUACCAAAAUAUCUACAUACUUUUAUUCAUGUUUAACAAGAAAAAAAAAUCAAAAGAGAAUUGAGAUGUGGAGAACAUAUUUAAAGAAAAAAAAAACAACUUUUAAAGCAGCAUUCUUCGUGUGUAGAAAAGUAAUAUAUUUGUGAAAUUGCAAAAG